AUGACAGGCACAAAAUCUGCUGCAGUCCUUUUCCUAGCGGCAUCCCAGCAAUUGGGCUUUGCUCUGGCGCAGGACCUUUCAUCAACCAUUGUUGGCUGCGAAGAUGUGGCCUGCCCAAAGACCAGUGGCUCCGACGACACCUGCACGGUAUCUGACGAAACAUUUCUUGGUGUCGGACUUACUCGCAUCCCCGAUGUGCCUGAUAGCUUUGCAGGCCUAACGAUUGUAAAGGGCGUCAAUGUCUCGACUGCAGGUCCGGCCGCAGAUUCCAAUGGCAAUGAUCGUCAGUACAAGUCGGUCUACUAUCUGGGGGCACCUGACAGCCAGACCAUCGACAAUCUGGACGGCUGUGCCAUUGUAUUCCAUGACACACUCAAUGGAAUCAAGUUCAACGGCGUGAACUCGGCAUCAGACCAGGGAACCUGCCAGGAUGUCAUUUCACAGAGCUGCAUUGAUGCCUUGACCCAGCAGGUUUCUACCCUGUGGGCAAACGAGACGUCAGGCGAUCGAUGUGCUGCUGUCAGCGAUGCUCUUGCAUCAGCCAGCUUGACCGAAUGCGUCGAUAUGGUAGGCACCGGCAAGGGACUUGGCAAUUUCACGGCGCAAACGCUUUCGGAUCUAUCCCCAAUCUCGGGAGAUCAGAAUGCCUCGUCCAAUUGCUGGCCCAUUACUCCGAAAUCAGACAGUCUUGCGAAACUCGGUGAAGAAACGGAUUCGGACGGCUACGACUUUGCAAGCUUCCAGGACCAGGUUUAUAAACUCACCCCUGUACUCACUCUGCUCUCUACUUCAACAAAUGACAGCUCUUCCCAGUUGAGUUGUGUCAAGCUUAUCACGACGAAGGAGCUAAGCCCAGACGGCGAGAGCGCGGCCUCGUCAAGAACCUACAGCAUCCUGGGUGUCGGUAUUGCAAUUGCGGCAUCCAUGUUGGUCCUGUAA